AUGUCUGCCGAAGACUCAGUAGUAAACGGCAAGGCGCCCGCUCAGCCGGGCAGCCACCAUGACCGUGGACACUCCGGUCUUGUCAGUGUCCAACCCGCGCGCUUGGCCGAUCUGCAGCCGAAGUAUGCGCAGAAGCUCGAGCACGAUGCUGAGAACCCGGAGGCUCAUGGGUGGUAUGCAGGCCUCAUCCACAGUCUUGGAGAAUGCAUUGGAUUCCUCGGUGCUAUCCCCUGCUGCGUUUGCUGCCCGAACCCCUAUAAGCCUGUAGCCCAAGGUGAAGUUGGUCUCGUGUCGAAGUUUGGACGCUUCGAACGUGCAGUCGACCCUGGCCUUGUUAAAGUGAACCCCCUGAGUGAGCACUUAACCGCAGUCGAUGUGAAGAUCCAGAUCGUCGAGGUGCCUCGUCAGGUCUGUAUGACCAAGGACAAUGUCACUUUGAACCUGACAUCUGUCAUCUAUUAUCAAAUCGUCUCGCCCCACAAAGCCGCCUUCGGUAUCAGCAAUGUACGACAAGCGCUUGUGGAGCGCACUCAGACCACUUUGCGCCAUGUCAUCGGAGCGAGAGUCCUGCAGGAUGUCAUUGAACGCCGCGAGGAAAUCGCCCAGUCGACCUCGGAGAUCAUCGAAGACGUAGCCGCCGGAUGGGGUGUGCAGGUCGAAUCCAUGCUCAUCAAGGAUAUCAUUUUCAGCGAUGAUUUGCAGGAUUCGCUUUCGAUGGCGGCUCAGUCUAAGCGAAUUGGUGAGAGUAAGGUCAUUGCCGCUCGCGCCGAAGUCGAAUCGGCCAAGUUGAUGCGUCAGGCCGCUGAUAUUCUUUCCUCUGCUCCUGCUAUGCAAAUCCGGUACCUCGAGGCGAUGCAGGCGAUGGCCAAGACAGCAAACAGCAAAGUCAUAUUCUUGCCCGCCAUGAAUCAAACCGUGCAGCAACAACUUGCAGCGGCCGACAAUGCCGGCGAGGGACCAAGCCGCUAUGGAACUGGCAAUGUCGACGACGGUUUUCAGCGCGCUAUGAACGCACGGGUGGUCGAGAAUAUCUGA